CGAGUGUCAAAGACAUUGUGGAAUUGAAUAUGAACAAAUUAGUCGGAAAGCUAUCUUGAGGUAUGAAAUAACAAUGCAAUGAGUAUCUUAUCGCUGGUAGUCUGUUACCGUCAUAUUGUUGAAAUUAGUUCGAUUACACCAGGUUUAAACUUUGUGGAAAUUCAAUCUCCUACCAUUUGUGGUAUAGUAGUGUCACAACACAAUAAAAGUAGACUUUAAAACAAGUGUUUAAUGAUAUUGUCUGUAAAACUCUAGAUUGGAUUAUUUGUAAAUAAAGUAUAGAUAAUAUUGUUCAAAUAUUAAUGUUUAUCAAGUGAAUUAGGCUUAAUGUGUGAACUAUGGGUAGAAGGAAAAAAGGAUGGUACUAAAAACUCAACUUUCAAUGUAGGAAAUGAUUUUUGCGGUAUUAAAUUUAUUAAGUGAAUCAGAGAUUUUGUGCGGUCAUAUACACUGAAAGGUUUGUUCAGUACAUACAAUCACCUGAUGAAGGAUGUUUAUAUCAGUUGUUCCUGAUAGCAUUAUAAACUUUUAAACAAAUGAUAAUAAAGUCGUUUUGCCGGCUGAGAUAACUUGGAGAUAAUUCUGUCGGAUGACCAGAUAUUGUGGUAGGGUACCCUAUCAUGGAAUGAGUGUCCAAACACUGACACAGACAGGAAGUCAGGAUGUCAGCAAGCCAGGAAUGAGAGACCACUGGUCCAGAACGCCCUUGAGGCGGCGGCGCAGCUUCCAGAGACUGUACAGGACCAGGUCAGUCCCCACGGGACACUUCUACAGAAAGGAGCCCCCACACAGCGCAGAUGAAGAGGGGGAGUGGUGCCUGGUCAGUAACCAUGGAGACCGGCACAAGCUUCCCAAGACCAUGAUCUUCCUAGGCCGAGAGGAGUGCGAUAUUGAAGUUCAGAGCCAGUCAGUGGACAAGCGGCAUGCUGUUGUGACCUUUGACACAUACGUAAAGAGGUUCAAAAUCAAGGACCUGAGUACAGAAACGGGGACAUAUGUCAGUGGCACACGUAUACCAGAGCAGGAGUAUGUCAUUCUAGACGAACUGGAUACAGUCCAUCUUGGAUAUGAUCAUUCAAUAGUCUUUAAAAUGGAGAGAUUUGAGGAAGACAAGCAGAGAGCAGGUAAAUCGGAGGUCAUUUAUGAUGACGAAACCUCAAGCUCAGCAAUCGACCUCAGUCACCAUGGCAACCAGAAUGGUAACCAUGACAACACCCUCCCGUCCUGGGCAAGCCAUGCUGCCACUGAAGAGGAUAUGGCAAGUCCCCUGGCAGAAUGUCAGCAAGCCCCUGUCGGAUAUUUCUACGCUUGUUUUCCUAAAAACGUUCUGGGCUGUAUAGUUGAACAGAGGAUAGAGCACACUUGCGGAGAGCACAACACCGAGUUGGACUCCGCGCACCGUGACCUUGACCGCAGUUACAGCGAGUCUAGCAUAGCUUCUUUCAGCCUUGGCUGUAACACAUGGCCCAAGAAGCGCCACAAAGGGACCACCUCCAAGAAGACUGUGACAGAAAUAUUUGCAGCAAUGGAUGAGGAGCGUUCCCAUGUUGAUGGGCUCAUUGACCACCCGCCCCCUAGCAGGGUCCUCAGGGGGACUGGUGCCCCCAUGAACAGACUGCCUGAUGAGCUGUCCACAGUGAAGCAGGGGACACCACUCUAUGGGCAGCCAAAAUGGUGGGGUGAAGAAGACUCUGAUCUCAAUCUAGAACGCCAGCGUCCCCGUGGUGACCACAUGGCGGACCCACAACCACAACAACAACCACACCGAGCAGACGUGUCUGCAGAACGCCGAAGGAGCGAUGUCUCAUUGCAAUCUAGUGAUGCAAAAUCUCAUGUUAUCAGCAGCAAUGUGCCAAAUACAAACACUACUCCAGUAGUUCCAUAUAGUGACCCUAAUAAGACUUGUACCACUCCUGAGGGAGUUACCAAUAUGGCUUUUACUGUGGAUUUUGGGGACGAUUCUAAAUCGAGUCUGGAGGGGAGGAGCCUAGGGGACUUCAUGCCACCGAAGUUGAGGAAGAGUUUCCGGGAAAGGCAGGAAAAGAGUCACGAGAAACUGGCCAUGAUAAAGCCGUCCAACGACAAUGUCAACCCAGUCCAGGAGAGGCAUGAGAAAGGUCAGGAGAAACAAGUAGGCUCCAAGCCAUCCAGCAACACUGUCACCCCAGAAAAGGUAAAAUCUGCAGAGGAGAAACUGGCAGUGAUAAAGCCGUCCAGUGACAAUGUCACCCCGCGGGAGAGACUGGAGAAGGGUCACGAGAAACUGGCCAUGUCAAACCUGAGCAGCGAAAAUGUCACCCAAGAGAAGGUGAGAUCUGCGGGUGAGAAGUCAAGACCUGUGAAAACAGCAGCCGAUAAAAUCAUGAUGAGUGUUGGUGGUCGGGCAGUGUCUGAGGGUCGCGAUAUCUCCUUGACUAAACAACACGCGAUUGAUGAACUCUGGGCCUCACCAAGCGAUGCCUUGGUCUCAAAGAGGCAGCGAACGAUGAGCAAGUCUUCAUCCUCCAACAGUGUGGAUGAUGAGAAUACAGAACAGUCAUACUCUAGUGCUACCAAAUCAUCCAGCGUGAAGCGCCGUGUUUUGACCUCCAUCAGUCUAACAAAGCCGAAGUCUGUGAUACGAGCCCGCAAGGCAGUCAGUCAGGAGGUACUAGGUCCACCUACGCAAGCUACCAACAGCAACAUGGCCUUCUUGAUUGACAAAAUGUUUCAGAAUAAUUCAACAGGCAGUGUUGACAGCCUGAAAACCAAAGACACCAACAGAAGUGGUUUAACUGAGUAUGAUAUGUAUAGUGAAUCCGUGAAAUACGACACUGAUCAAUCAAAGCUGUCUAUGUCGAUGGAUUUUAGUAAUAUCGGUUCAAAACCAAGCUCAAAACCAUCGGAUAAACCAGUAAUUAAGAAAGUUAGAUCAAAAGAGAUUAUUCCGUCUACUAUAUUGAAGAAAUCUAGUAUAGAAGAGUUACCGGUGCAAGUGGAAGAAGACAAGGCUAGCGAAGCUGGCACUUACACAAUCGAAGAUGAGACAGAUGCCACGGAGGAGACUGAGGCUCGUAAAAACAUUGACAAAGUCUUCGGAGUGGAUCAGAAUUCAGGUACAGCUUCAGCGGGGGAUAAUCUAUCAGAUGACAUCAAGGAGCAGCUGCGGCAGACGGACAAGCAAGGGGAGCUCACUCUGAGUCUGAAGAACCUCAAUCUGGAGCUGGAGGAAAUAGAGAGACUUGAGAGACUGCGGGCCCAACCCAAAAUGGCCAACAGUCUGGAGGCCGAGCUAGGAAGUACUGUCACUGACAACGACGAGGAGAUGGAUGAUGAGGAGAAUCCCAGUGUCCCACACAAUGCACCUGAUUGGGUGAGCCAGUGGGCAGCAUUGACCAAUCAAAAGGCCCAGAACAAGUCAGGUGACAUGGAGCUCUCCAGCCCAGGAUCCUCAAUAUCCGAUGUAUCAGAAGGAAAGUCAGGCAGAGUUGCCAAUGGUUUGAGUAGAAAGCGUCCUGGUACAGGGAGGAGGUUACCAACGAUACCUCCAAACGCCCCAAGCCCAACCAUGAGCGAUAGAAGCGCCACCAAGGAUAGCCCAAGAACGUCAAUAUGUGAUCUCAAAAUCAAUGGCACCACGGCAACCCUUCAGUCGCCACAGCAACAGAAGGCUGUUAAGAUAUCUAGUCACGUGUCGGCACGCUACCAGGACACAGACUCGGAGUCUGUAUCGCUCACAAAGUACGGCAGUGAUUUAGACAGUGCCCGUGAUCUGAGUGUACGAGGUAAAGGAAGCAGUAACACUAGCGUCGCAAGCUUGGACACAGAUGUCCUCUUGCGUGAUACGGAAACUGUCAUGCAUGCAAUGGAGGAGAGACAGAAGAACCCACAUAAAAACUUGAAAAAAUCUAGUAAGGAAGAAAACAGUUAUGAUCAAAAUAGUUUUCUUAGGGACUGUAAAAGGUAUGCAGACGAUAGCUCGUAUUUACAAACAGUUGGUUCCCUAGGUGAUAAUUGUGGAGACGAGGAUAGUGCUAUUUUUGACGAGAGCGCAGACCUAGAAUCAGACACGUCCAGUGUUGUGGCUUUAGUGAAUGGGGAUGAGGACUUUGUAAAACCUUCGUUGUAUAAAAGUCCCAGAGAUGUGUUAGGAAAAGGGAAAUUUAAAUUGACUGAAUCAUUACCUUCUAAACCAUUAGUGAAUAUGAAUGGUGCUAGUAAAACUAAAACAUCAGAAGGUGUUAAAGAAAGGAAGAAAUCAGUGGAUGAAGGUAAAUAUGUUAUUUCUGAUAUUAUGAGUGACUUGGUUGAUACUUCAAGGACAAAUGACUCCUUUGACUCAGAAUCCUCGCAGUUUUCACGUCAAGGGUCAAAGGGGAAGGGACAGAUGUCAAUGACCAGACCAAAUCGAGCUUUUGCCCUUCGUCGGGCGAUGGCAGAUGGUGAUGAACCAUUGGACACUGCCCGGUCAACAAGCUCCACAACAUCAAUUGCUUCAUCAGGAUUUAAGACACCUCGUGGAGGAAGUUUAUCCAACCUUCACAAGAGUGGUGGAUCUACUCCACAGAAACCUAAAAGACCUAUGUCAGGUGUGUUCUCUGAUAGAAACCAACCAGAUUCAUCAAAGAGUCAAGCAGCUGAUUCAUCAAGAAGUCAAGCACCGGAUUCAUCACGGAGUAAUGCAAGUCUUGGAACACAAAUUGUGAAAAAGAGUCGUGAAAAUUUGAAUCGCUCUGAUGGUGGGAGACACAGUUUACGGGUAUCGCGGUCGUUAUCAAUUCCAGUUCAGCAACAAAAUGUUCACGCCCCAGCGGCAUCAGCAGCACCCAAGCAGCGGCGUAGCGAUGGGUCCUCUGCCAGUUCUUCCAGUCUUCAUCAUUCUAAAAGUUUGCGGGUUACGGGAGUCAGUGCUCGUGAAAGAUCAUCCUCUAUCUCAAAAUCUGAUCAUAAUUCACCUAAAGCUGCUGAAAGGAAUGCCUGGAAACGCAGAAAGGACUAUGAUCCAAGACAAGCAGUUCUGGAGGCAAAGUCAAAGCCAAGGAGCGAGUCCAAACGUCGUUCAGAGGGCGUGGAGACUUUCAAUAAAGCCAGAGGCGUGACCAGAUCAGCUUCAUUCAAUAAUGGAAAGGAUUUAAAACUCAGUUCAUACAAGAGUGACUCAGUGUCAAGCACAGAGGAGCACAGCAGGAGGAGUAGUGAGGCUAGCGAUGUGUUUGAAGAUCGCCGUGGGUUCGUGCCAUACUCUGGCAGGUCACUGCUGUCUGGGAAGAUCAGUACCAGCAGUGCUGACGAGGAGGAGGUGGAUCGGUCCGCACACUCGUCCUCGGCCCAAUCCAACUUGUCGUAUGACUCCCUGAUCGUGUCUUCAAUCUACCAGCUGUCCUUGAAGCUCAAGAUGCAGACUGACAGAACCAUGGACAAGCUCAGGGAGACAGACAGCGUAGAGAACGGCCUGGACUCCCCACUGGACGAGAUAGACAACCAAUCUGCAAUCAGCGAGAUACCAGCGUACAAGUCGGCCAAUCAGGAACUGGCGGGAGUAUUGAAAAACCUCCGCAAACUUGAACAACAUAUCAAGGUGAUGACCCGGGUGUUGUUCCCGGAGGACGAGGGCAGCCCAGACACCAGCAAGGAGAAGCAGGACUAUCUGCAGGAAAUCCAGCGAAUCAAAAACGAGCUAGCAGGCUUCCAGCCAAUAGAAACGCCCCGCGAUGAGAACUGGAAACAGGACGAGACCGCCUCCGUAGAGUCGGACUGUGAAGAAUUGAGUCAUGCUGAAUUCUACUGAGACACUCGAUGGGAUUAUAUAACUAUGAGACUGUCAAGAAUUCAAGGCUCAGUCAUAGGGCUGGAUAACUUGAUACUUCCAUAUCGGGAUAGUACAAGGGUUCACCAGUAACACUGAAUUCUGAGUCACCAGGCCAUAUAAUGCAACUGUACAAGGCCUCUGAAGUAUCCUAAACAUUGAAGAACUUUUCAUAAUGAUUCCACUUACAACUGGAAACCAAAAUGACUGUUCAGGUGGAGGCAAUAUAAGUGUGGUCAUGGUUAGUCAUGACUUUUGCAUAUUUUACAGGUUUUUGCGUACAAUUUAGUAUCAGAUUCAGAUUAAUACGGGCACUUAAAAGUAUUUUCUUCUGUGUAUAUACCGUUAUUGCGUUAUUUAUUAAACAGCAGCAAUAGUGAUAUUAAGAUAUUUUAACAAUGGCCAUGUUGUGUCCUUUCUGAAGGAGUAGGCUUCAGUGAACAAACAUGAAUAAUAGCAGAAUUACUUGAACCGUGCUCUGUGAAAAUGGGGUUUAAUGCGUGUGCAUAUAGUACCGUCCCAGAUUAGCCUGUGCAGUCUGCACAGGCUUAUUAUGGACGACACUUUCUGCUUUUAUGCUAUACUUUGUUUGAAGAAAGUUUCUUCAUAACAAAAAUCAAGUUUUUGUGAAAAGUGUCGUCCCUGAUUAGCCUGUGUGGACGACACUUUACGCACAUGCAUUAAACCCCCUUUUUACAGAGCAUGGCCCAUUUACAUGGGAUUUUUUAUAAGCGAGCUCAAUUUUUUUUCUGUAAAUGUAAACAAGGAAGAUUUCAUGGAAACAAUUGUAUUCUUAUAAUUGCCAAGAAAGCUGGCUAUCAAAAUAAUUCAUGAACUUUAACUGGCCUGUUAUUGUAGACACACUUUAAUCAGUGUUUGAUUGUUCUAAAAAUCUAGAAAAAUUACUGGUAAAUUUUAUGGCAGAUUAAUAUCAUUAAUAUUCACAGGGUUCUCCAUUUUCUCAGGCCAAAUUUUUGUUCAUGGAUUGAAUGCUUGCCAGAGUUGCCAACUUCUUGUGUGAAUACACAAGCAUAGUACAAUGCAAACAGAGACAAUAUACCGGGUACUUCUCUUCAGAAUGUACGAUGAUGCCUUUACUAAAAUACUACAUGUGUAAAUGAUGCUGCAUUUAGAUCUGUACAACAGAUUUCCAUUGAAGAUUUCCACACGCUUAAGUUAUGCUUUAUUAAGUCACAUACAAGUUUCAUAAAGAUAAGUUGUAUUUGUGGGUACCCUCACCCAUUUCAUUUCUGUAUCCUGCUGGAAUCGUGUUCAGACAUUCACAAUUCCAAACUACAGCAAAUCAGUCAUUAAAUGAAAGAAUGUUGAUACAGCAUCUAUCAGGCUUGCUUGAAUGUUUGGGCAAUAAUUGUGUUUCAUGAAUGUAUUGACUACAAGACAUUUGGCUAGGAUGAUGGUGGUAUGUUUAUAACAUUAAUUUGUUGCUGAUAACUGCAGAUGUAAUUCAUUGGUUAUGUUUUGCAGAUCUGUGGUAUUGGGCUCAACUUGAAUCUGGGCCUUCUUUUGGGCAUUUUGUUAUUGUUGUAAAACAUUCCUUCAAAUCCAUUGCAACAUUUAACUCAUUUGGUUGAUGUAGUAAGAGAUUAUAGUGAUUAUCUUAAGUCAUCAUUUUCAUGUUGCAACAUUGACAGAAAUUAUUAGAUUGGCAUACAAACAUAAAUAAAUAUGAGGUGAAUGUUUAAAUUUGCAGGCGUUUUCUUUUAAUUGCUUGUAAAGAAUUUCAUAAAUUCCAGUAACCAUUUUCCAUUCAGAUUCUGGAAAAUCACAGCUAUUUUGUCUUUAACUUUGGCUGUGAGCUUUUACAACCAUGGAUUUAAAUGUAACAGUUGAAUUUCAUAGUCAUACAGAUCACGUUGUUGUAAUCCUGAACCCUUUCCCACUCAUAAGCAAAGAUUCAAGUUUUGAAGGCUUCAUUUCCAACUCUUAACAAGAUGUGUUUGUGAAACACAAUGUCCCCCUAUAUGAUGUUUGACCUUGUAGGAUGACCUUGACCUUGACCCUUCACCACUCAAAAUGUGCUGCUCCAUGAGAUACACAUGCAUUUUAAAUAUAAAAUUGCUAGCUUCAAUAUUGCAGAAGUGACAUUACAUGAGCAAUUUUGACCCAUAUAUUUGACCUUGAAGGAUGACCUUGACCUUUCACCACUAAAAAUGUGCAGCUCCAUGAGAUACACAUGCAUGCCAAAUAUCAAGUUGCUAUCUUCAAUAUUGCAAAAGUAUUCAUAAAAUUAGCGAUUUGGGCCACAUAUAUUUGACCUCUAACCUUGAAGGAUGACCUUGACCUUUCACUACUCAAAAUGUGCAGCUCCAUGAGAUACACAUGCAUUCCAAAUAUCAAGUUGCUAUCUUCAAUAUUGCAAAAGUACUCAUAAAAUGAGCAAUUUUGGCCACAUAUAUUUGACAUCUGACCUUGAAGGAUGACCUUGACCUUUCACCACUCAAAAUGUGCAGCUCCAUGAGAUACACAUGCAUGCCAAAUAUCAAGUUGCUAUCUUGAAUAUUGAAAUACUGCAAAAGUGUACAUUAAAUGAGCAAUUUUGACCCAUAUAUUUGACCUUUGACAUUGAA